AUCUUUUAUUAAAGGUCUGGAAAGUUUACCGUUCCAUGCAAUAUCCCCUUAUCGUCAAUAUUAAACAAGAUUUCAUUUGAUGAUACCAUCCUCUGUAAUACAAGCAUGGAGACCGUUAUUUAGCUUAAAAGCCCAAUGUGGCGUAUAAUACCACUGGAAAUACCAGCAGAUACUCGGUGAGACGUGUUUGUUUGACAUUGAUUGGGAUGCUCGGAGCCUGAGAGAACCUGUGUUGUCCUGAAACAAACACCAUGGUAAGCGAUUCCAUUUCACCCUAACGACUACUCAUAAUUUCAGAGUGGGUUGUCAGAGGAGAAAAAGAAAGACUUCAGACAUGCCUUCAACAUGUUUGACAAAGAUAACAGCGGCUAUAUCAACACCCGAGAACUUCUAACUGUCAUGAGGGCUUUUAAACAAGACCCAACCAAGGCAGAGGUACAACAACUAAUGAAGCGCCUAGAUACUGAUGGUAAUGGAAAAAUAGAAUAUGAAGAGUUUGAAAAAUACAUGGUUGAAAAUUAUAAGCAUCCGGAGGAAUUCCAAAACUCGAUGAUGGACGCUUUUAAAUUGUUUGAUAAAGAUGGCAGUGGAAAAAUCGACGCAGAGGAACUAAAAGAAGCCAUGAUGAAAUUGGGGGAUAAACUAUCACAGGAAGAGGCCGAGGACAUGAUUAAAACGGCUGACCUAGACAAAGACGGAAAGAUUGAUUACGAAGAGUUUGUAAGAAUGAUGCAGGAUUAAACUGCUUCCUGAAACAUUGUACACGGGAUUUUUAUUGUGACUUUCGAUGGAGGAACACAGGAUUCCGCAGGUAAAAUAAUACCCUUUUGCAUCCCUUGGAGUAUACUUCUGUAACUUUGGAUAUGAUUUUACAAAAUUGAUACAACAGUGUAAAUUUACAUCAACGAGACCAGUCAAGUGCUACAAUUACGGUUUCAUAUUUGAAGUGUAUUUAUGCAGAGAAUAUUUCUGUUCUACAUCAAAAAAUGCUACAAUCAACAUGAUGUAUCUUUUAAUGUCAUGAAUAUUUAUGUGUUUCAGGUUUUCUU